ACUGGACUUAAUAAUAAUUAAUGAAGAAUAAUUUAUUUUUUGGUUCGUUUGUUUUGUUUUGAAGUUUGAAUUAAUUUGUUUGAUCUAUUUGGGGUUUUAUAUAUUUUUGUUGAAUGUACUUUAGGCAAUUUGUUUUUAAUUAAAAGUAAAAAUAAUUGAAAUGCUGUGGAACUCUCUUUCAUGCGAUAGUUAUGAGUGACACCGAUGAUACGGACGAUUUAUUGUUAAUCCCCCCAGAUUUCUUUUCUCUGGAGUCGGAGCCCGAGCCCCCUUACUAUAACAUUGUGGACAAUCUAAUAAGACAAGUAAGUAAGCUGCAAAAUCGUAUAGAGACUAUCGAAAAUACAUCCGAGUUGAGUCUCAUUGAUAGCUCCUUGGAAAAUUCUACAAACAUGUCGCAUAAAUAUAACAGCAUGGAAGAUGUGUAUCAACCUGGGAGUGCUCAGAGUACUCCACAGAAGCCUCGUACCAAAUGUAAAUUGAAUUCUUUACCGGCAAGUCCAAAUGUGGAGCAUUAUAGCCCUAGAAAAUGCUCCAUGAGAAUGAGAUCACCGCAGAAGGGUGAGGGGCCCAACGUAGAUUCAAAAAUGUUAAAUGAAAUCGAUAAUUUUAUAUCAAAUGCUAAAACAAUUCAUAGGAGUCAGGCAGCUAGAAACCUGGAAGAGUCUUAUGGUACAAAGCAACAACCCAUACAACUGCAUAAAAUGGAUUCCCGAAUAAAUGUACAAGAACCUCAAAUUGUAAAGGAAAAUACAUGGAGUUGUGGUGACAACAUAAUUUCAAAACAUAACUCAAAUUUUGGACCGAGAGAUGAGGUAGGGGAUGAGUCAAGUGAUAGCAGUUCAGAGUCUACGCAGUUAACAGCAUACAAUAAAUAUGGCGAAUCAGAACCUGUUCAUGUUAAUUUGAAUGCAAUGAAUGCUCUCAGUAUGCACAGGAAAUUGAUGGACCAGAAGAUAGCAUCUGAGGAAGUUAGGCUUCCUAAAAAACGGGGAAUACACACCCUCACCAGUGACAUGGGUCUCUUAAACCUAGCUGAUAUUUGGGGUUCAGAGAAUUUGUCCAAAAGUCCAACAAAAUUGAAACAAAAAUUAAAAGAGGAAAAACUGAGACGACAACACUGUGAACAAUUGAUAAACGAGUUGCAAACUCGAAAUUUGGAGCUCCAGCAAAAAUUAGCCGUAGCCAUGAUGGUGGAUGAUUCAAAAAAUGAAACAAUUCGACAGUUUAAAGGUGCUCUGGAAAAAGUGACUUUAACAAUUGAAAAACUAAAUGAGGAGAAGAUGAGCUGGACCCAGGAGAUGGCAAAGUUGAAAAAACAAUCCUCCCUUGAGUUGGAGACUUCCCAACAGAAACUAGCAUAUUAUGAAAAAGAAGCUUCAAAAGCGCUUAAUCUAGCACAUGCCAAUCAAGACAAAAUUUCUUCGUUAGAAACUCGUUGUUCCGACUUGCAAAGUGAAUUGGAAGUAAUUGAGAAUAAAUUGAAAGACGCCCAAAGCAAUUAUGAUAUUGAGGUUGAGAAGAACAAGCAAUUGGCUGAGAUUAUCACUCAGAAAGAAAUAGAACUCAAAGAGAGCAAGACUGUAUUAAGUGAUGCGAGAACUGAAGUAUUCGAAAGUCAUAAAGCAGUGGAGGUGUGUCAAAAGGAGUUUUCCGAUUUAAAAAAUGAAUACAUGAAGUUACAAUCCGAUUUGAGGCAUGAAAAAGGAGCGCUGAUUGCUUUGACUGAACAAAAAAAGAAAUUGUUGAGUGAUUUGCAAAACGCAAAAGCUCAGGAAAAACACUUAAAAGAAUCACUGGACGAUGCCAAAGCCAAACUGGAAAGUACAAAACUGGAACUAAGGAACUACUACCAAGGUCAGUUGGAGAUCAUUGUGGAAAACAAAAGGAAGGAAAUGCAGACGCAAUUAGACAAGGAGAGGCAGAUGACUGUUGAGGAAUUCAAAAAGAAGGAGGUGUCAAUUGCCAGAACUGCCGCCAAUCACAUAAAGGAAAUUUCGGAGAAAUGCGCAUUGGAAAUUAAACUAUUGGAAGAAAAGCACCAGGAGGAGGUCAGGCUGUAUCAGCUUCAAAUAGUCCAGCUUCGGAAGGAGCUGGAGCAUCUUCAGACGAAGCUGGCGCAUCUUCCGGAGAAGAGGGCCCAGAUCGCAAAACAGUUGCAGAAAGUGAUGGAAUCGCAGUUCAAUGAGGCGAUAAAAAUGAUGAGCAGCAGUCCCGCCUCCUUCACCGAAUUACCCAAUGGCGAUUCCAUCUUGAACGACACCCUGGGCAAUCAUUUACGAUAUGAUCCGAACAGGAACCGUAGGCAGGAGAAAGAUACCAUCGACGGCAUGUCGGAUUUUGACGAGACGCCCGUUUCCAGCCGAGGUGGUGAACCGAAGCAGUCGGAAAGCGAGAUUCAGAAAUAUAUUAACAUGCUUCUAAACCGCCACCCGGGCAACCCGACGGUCGAACCGCCCCCGGCGAAGGACGUGCAGGCGCGCGAGCGCCCCCAAUGGCAGCCAGGCGUAAAGUCCCGAAAGCAAAAGUAGGGACCCGAAGACGAGUCCGAGGGAGAGCAAGUGCGGCAAGCCGCCCUGGAAAUAGUACCGCCGCCCUAGUUGAGGUGGCAAUUUGCAAUCCGGUGUACAUGACAUCGAAUUGUUAAGAGAAAUGUGUCCGCGAUUAAGGAAAUUCGAUUACAUUUUUUUUAAGUGU